AUGUCUUGACUCAUGUGUUUCAUAUCUAAGCCAACAACAUGACAAAAACAAUGCUUUCCCAAAUGUAGCAUUGAUUUCAUAUAUGUUGGUAAAUUUUUCAUCUGAAUUUUGUUGUUGCAGCAAUGGCAUCCCAUGCAGCUUUGGCCUCUUCAAUAAUCCUACCCUUCACAAAGCUUCCUUCCAAGCCCUCUCCUGCUCAAUGCUUCUCAAAGAAGCUUGAAGUAUCAGAGUUCUCUGGUCUCAAAUCCAGUGGCUGUGUUACUUUUGCAAAGAAUGGUAGGGAAGCUUCAUUCUUUGAUGCAGUGGCUGCCCACCUCACCCCAAAGGCUAAAGGAUCAGCUCCUGUCAAGGGAGAGACCGUGGCGAAGCUGAAGGUCGCCAUCAAUGGGUUCGGGCGCAUUGGGAGGAACUUCCUCCGCUGCUGGCACGGCCGCAAGGAUUCUCCACUAGAAGUGGUGGUCGUCAACGACAGCGGUGGCGUGAAAAACGCUUCUCACCUGCUCAAGUACGACUCGAUGCUUGGCACUUUCAAGGCCGAGGUGAAAGCAGUGGACAACGAGACGAUCAGUGUGGACGGGAAGCUCAUCAAGGUUGUCUCCAACAGGGACCCUCUCAAGCUUCCUUGGGCUGAGCUAGGCAUUGACAUUGUCAUCGAGGGGACUGGUGUUUUCGUCGAUGGUCCGGGAGCAGGCAAGCACAUCCAGGCCGGAGCCAAGAAGGUGAUCAUCACUGCCCCGGCCAAAGGGGCCGACAUCCCUACCUACGUCGUUGGUGUGAAUGAGCAGGACUAUGGCCACGAGGUCUCGGAUAUCAUCAGCAAUGCUUCUUGCACCACCAACUGUUUGGCUCCCUUUGUGAAGAUUUUGGAUGAAGAAUUUGGCAUUGUGAAAGGAACAAUGACAACUACUCACUCAUACACUGGUGAUCAGAGGCUUCUAGACGCUUCACAUAGGGACCUGAGGCGAGCACGGGCGGCGGCGCUUAACAUCGUGCCAACGAGCACGGGAGCGGCGAAGGCAGUGUCCUUGGUCUUGCCGCAGCUGAAGGGGAAGCUCAACGGCAUCGCCCUGCGGGUCCCGACGCCCAAUGUGUCGGUGGUGGAUCUCGUGGUGAAUGUGGCGAAGAAAGGAAUCUCGGCCGAGGAUGUGAACGCCGCGUUCCGGAAGGCGGCGGACGGCCCGUUGGCCGGCGUGCUGGCGGUGUGCGACGUGCCUCUAGUCUCGGUGGACUUCCGGUGCAGCGACGUGUCCUCCACCAUCGACUCGUCGCUCACCAUGGUCAUGGGCGACGACAUGGUCAAGGUCGUCGCUUGGUACGACAAUGAAUGGGGAUACAGCCAAAGGGUUGUGGAUUUGGCUCAUUUGGUGGCAGACAAGUGGCCGAGUGGUGUUGAAGAGGGGAGUGGAGACCCUUUGGAGGAUUUUUGCAAGACUAGUCCUGCAGAUGAGGAAUGCAAGAUUUAUGAAUAAUCAUUUUAGGAUCUAAAUUUUCGUUAUUUUUCUUCUCAUGGGAAUUCUUGUUUAUCGAAAUAUUGAAAGCCAGAUCUAUAAACUUAUACUUAAUAAUAUAUCGUUUUGAAUUGUGUGAAA